AUUUUUAGUCUGAAAAAAAUCCACCGAUGACGCAAAAAUCGUCAUUUUGCGUCAUCGGCGGAUUUGUCGGCCAGAGGCUUAAGACUACAGCCAGAAUAGCAGCUAGUUCUGCAUGUUUUAACCACGCCCAUAUGGGGUGGGAUCUCACUCACAGAAUGUAAAGAUAGUGUCAGCCAUCUUUAGAAGCUAAGCUAACAUGCUAUUGCUCCGUGGAGAAAGUUUUGAUAACAAUGGCGGAAGGUUUUGAGGUCGAAGUUGCAGAAGUGGAUUUUGAAGAACUGUUGAGAGAGUCGGAUGUUCGCGGCUACCUGUACGAGCCGCAAUACAGCAACGAACAGUUGCGGAUGAUGGAGGAACAAGAGGCGGUCGAGGCAGCUGCUGCACCCGAUGAGCAAGACCUGCUUGGCGGUCAGGAGGAAGAGCCCGAGCAGGCUCGAGUUGGGUCGGACUGGUGGUGUCAGUGCACUUGCUGUGCGCCUAUGGAAACUGAAAAAGAGUCUUUAUGCUGUUACGAAUUCCACCGAUGCCAAUUUCUUUUGGAAGAGAUGGCGGAUUCAGCUCAUCAAACGGCACCGCUAGCAUGCGUAACCCAGCACCCCAGUUUCGAACCACACAUGGACAUGGGGGUCCUGGAAACCUAUUUCAGGACCCCGAAGAUAAACUGGAAACGCCAACCAAAGCCCGCAGGGAGAAACGGACGUCUUAGUGUAAAACAAUAUCGUCUAACAGCAUACAGACACUUUAUGGAAUGGGUCCUGCAAGGCGAGAGACUGGGGAAAGGCUAUCGUCUUGUUUUGCCUACGUGUGUGGUUCAAUACAUCAGACGCAGAUUUCCAGCUCCUGAUGGGCAAUAUUGUGGAUAUAAAGAGACUGCUGAAGCUCUUGAACAGCUACGAUAUGUGUGA